CUCCUCUGGCCGUUUUUUUCUUCUUCUCCAAGCACAGCUUCGACGAUACAAACAGACAUCGCCUUCAGCCACUGCCAAAAUGUCCGCCACCGUCCCCACCAACGACCAGAUCCUGGUCCCUGAGACUCUCCUCAAGAAGCGCAAGAGCCAGGAGAAGGCUCGCGCUGAGCGUGCUGCCGUCACUGAGAAGCGCAAGGCUGCCAACAAGGAGAAGCGUGGCGUCAUCUUCAAGCGUGCCGAGAAGUACGUCCAGGAGUACCGCGCUGCUGAGCGUGAGAAGAUCCGUCUUCGCCGUGCCGCCAAGUCCGACGACUCUGCGUACAUCCCCGCUGAGGCCAAGCUGAUCUUCGUCGUCCGUAUCAAGGGUAUCAACAAGAUGCCCCCCAAGCCCCGCAAGGUCCUCCAGCUGCUCCGUCUUCUCCAGAUCAACAACGGUGUCUUCCUGAAGGUCACCAAGGCCAUCACUGAGAUGCUCAAGAUCGUCGAGCCCUGGAUCGCCUACGGUUACCCCAACCUCAAGUCCGUCAAGGAGCUCGUCUACAAGCGUGGAUACGGAAAGGUCGAGAAGCAGCGUGUUGCCCUGACCGACAACUCCAUCAUUGAGGCCAGCCUCGGCAAGUACGGCAUCAUCUGCGUUGAGGAUCUCAUCCACGAGAUCUUCACCGUUGGCCCCAACUUCAAGCAGGCCUCCAACUUCCUGUGGCCCUUCAAGCUCAGCAACCCCACCGGUGGCUUCCGUCCCCGCAAGUUCAAGCACUUCAUCGAGGGUGGUGACCUUGGCAACCGUGAGGAGGCUAUCAAUGCCCUCAUCCGCCAGAUGAACUAAGUUAAUAAACACUAAAAUGGGGUUCAUGGAUGUCUUUUUGGGAGUGGGACUAGGGAAAUACCUAUCAUGCAUGGUUGCUCGGCGUUGGUAUCACGACUUGGCUUUUGAUAAUUGACUAUUCGAUGAAUGGCACUCGAGUUUCCAUGCUGUGUGACAAUCAAAUGAGCUUUUAAACCUUGACUACUGUGACGUGCUAUUUUCUAUUGCAUCCAUUCUAUGCAUUCGUAGCAUCUUGACCCAUUGGAAUCAUUCAUAAGUAAAAGUGGCGAUCAUUAGUCAGGGUCUCCACCUGUGCGGUUGUAUGUACAUAGUAUACAUGAGGAUUAAUAACAACGCUCUACAUCUUGAUGUCAAAGCUUGUCCCGCAUCCGCAGCUGCUUGACGCAUACGGGUUAUCAACAAUCUUGAACUGCGACCCAAUCAACUCCUGCGUAAAGUCCACCUUGCUACCCUUGAGAAGCUCUAGAGAAGGCUCGUCUAGUAUGACCUUGGCGCUGCUUUCGGAUGAAGAGGAACUGGCCUCGUCCGGAACGUACUGGAAAAUGCUGUCUUCCUCGCUCACAAUAGGGGAUGCUUCGCGUGCUUCUCCAGUGGGCAUGGUAACGAGAUUCAUCAUGUAUUGAAAGCCGUGGCAGCCUCCGCUCUCGACUCGGAUCCGCAGCGCUAGGUUCGGGUUCUUGUCUUUGACCAUGAUCUCGGAGAGGCGCUGAGCUGCUCUUGAAGUGAUUUCCAGCACCAUAUCCUUGCCAUCUUCAUCUUUCUGGGGGUUCUGUACGCAUAUCGUAGCGAGACGGGAAGCAGAUGCUGAGAAAGGUCGGCCAGCUGUUUGUCGGCCUGUUGACAGGACUAGUGAUCUCGAAGCAGGCAACAUCGCUGUGCGACGCCCGAAAUGAGAAGCUCUGCGCGGGACGAGGAACUCCAGAGGCGUUUGUUGUACAUGGGAAUUAGCGGUCGAAUACCGUCGCUUGGCAAGCUGGACAAAGGAUCGAGCGGCAGAGGCGCUGUCUGCGCAUCGUAGGGGCGUCAUGAUAAAAUGCUAUGCAGAUGCCGUCGGCGCUGCUGUUGG